CGCGCGGCCGGGCGGGGCGGCGGGCCAUGGCGGCGGCGGUAGCUGCGGGCCGCCUCGGUUGCUUGCUGGCCGCGCUCUGCCUGGGCCCCGCGGCGGGGGAGGCGGCGCCGGGCCCGCGGCUGCUGAGCUUCUGCCUGGAGGAGGACGGCGCCGAGGCCGCGGGGCCGACGCGGGCGGCGCCAGAGGCCACCUUCCGCCUGCGCCUCCGGGGCUCGGGCUUCGCCAACAGCUUGCGCUGGGUGGCCCCGGCGGGCGCGGGCUGCCCGGCCGACCCGCGGGCCCCCACGGCCGGCUGGCGGGCACUGCUGUGCCUGCGCGCCGGGGCGGCGCGCGGUGGGCCGAGCGGCGCGGCAGCCGAGGAGGCGGCGCCGCCCUGGGCGCUGGGCCUGGGGGCGGCGGCGCUGCUGGCGCUGGCGGCGCUGGCGCGGGGCCUGCAGCUGAGCGCGCUGGCGCUGGCCCCCGCCGAGGUGCAGGUGCUGCGCGAGGGCGGCUCGGAGGUGGAGCGGGCGGCGGCGCGGCGCCUGGAGCCCGCGCGGCGCUGGGCCGGCGGCGCCCUGGGCGCGCUGCUGCUGCUGGCCAGCCUGGCGCAGGCGGGGCUCGCCGUGCUGCUGUUCCGCGCGGCCGGCCAGCGCCCGGUGCCCGCCGUGCUGGGCAGCGCGGGGCUGGUGUUCCUGCUCGCCGAGGUGCUGCCGGCCGCCGUGAGCGGGCGCUGGGCGCUGGCGCUGGCGCCGCGCGCGCUGGCCCUCAGCCGCGUGGCCGUGCUGCUCACCCUGCCCGUGGCGCUGCCCGUGGGCCAGCUGCUGGAGCGCGCGGCGCGGCCCGGGCGCCUGCGGGAGCGCGUGCUGGAGCUGGCGCGCGGCCUCGGCGACCCCUGCGGCGAGCUGGGCCGCGGCGCGCUGCGCUUCCGGACGGUGGAGGACGUGCUCACGCCGCUCGAGGACUGCUUCAUGCUGGACGCCCGCGCCGUGCUGGACUUCGGGGUGCUGGCGGGCAUCAUGCAGAGCGGCCACACCCGCAUCCCCGUGUACGAGGACGAGCGCUCCAACAUCGUGGACAUGCUCUACGUCAAGGACCUGGCCUUCGUGGACCCCGAGGACCGCACGCCGCUCAGCACCAUCACCCGCUUCUACAACCACCCGCUGCACUUCGUGUUCAACGACACCAAGCUGGACGCCGUCCUGGAGGAGUUCAAGCGAGGGAAGUCCCACCUGGCCAUCGUGCAGAGGGUCAACAACGAGGGCGAGGGUGACCCCUUCUACGAGGUGCUGGGCCUCGUCACCCUGGAGGACGUCAUCGAGGAGAUCAUCAGGUCCGAGAUCCUGGACGAGUCGGACAUGUACAGGGACACCAAGGUGAGGAGGAGGCCACCUGCUCUGAGCGCCCUUCUCGAGCGGAAGGAGGAAUUCUCCUUGUUCAAGGCGUCUGACGGUGACUGUAAAGUAAAAAUCUCGCCUCAGCUGCUCCUGACCACCCAGCGCUUCCUUUCCCGAGAGGUGGAGGUGUUCAGCCCCCUGCGGGUCUCCGAGAAGGUCCUGCUGCACCUGCUGAAGCACCCCAGUGUCAACCAGGAAGUGAGGUUUGAUACGAGCAACCGCCUGGCUGCGGGCCAUUACCUGUACCAGCGCAGCCAGCCGGUUGAUUACUUCAUCCUCAUCCUGCAGGGCAGGGUUGAGGUGGAGAUCGGGAAAGAGGGCCUGAAGUUCGAGAACGGGCCGUUCACCUACUACGGCGUGUGGGCCCUGACGGCGCCGUCCCCGGCUCACCAGACCCCCGUGUCCUCGCUGCAGCCCGGGCCAGCCGACGGCGCCCACUCGCCCACCUACUGCCCCGACUACACCGUGAGGGCUCUCUCCGACCUGCAGCUCAUCAAGGUCACCCGGCUGCAGUACCUCAAUGCACUCCUGGCCACCCGAGCCCAGAGCCAGCCGCCGUCCCCUGAAAGCGUGGACCCCCAGGCCGUCCCCAGCAGCCAGACCAGGCUCCUCGGUGACAAGCCAGCCGCGACAGGGCCCGGCCACAGCAGACCAGGCCUCCCAGCCGAGGGCAGCCCCGGGCGGAACCCAGGGGUCUGACUUGCCGGGUGCCCCAGGCCUGGGGAGCGAGCGAGCCGAGGAGAAGCUUCCGCCUGUCCAUCCCUGCCGGGCCACGUUUUAGAUGGCCCUUGCAGCCAUGGGUCCUGGGCUGUCCUCACAACUGAACGUCGUGCCAGGAGCCUCCAGCAGCUCCUGUCCUCUGAGCGGGCGGGGCUCAACCAGGACACCCCUCCACCCCCGGGGCGGGGACAGCGCCGGGCAUUAUACCUCUUCGGGCCACGCCACGACGUCAGUGCACAGCUGCCGCCUUUGUGUGGCCGUGACCUGCACUUGCUUUGCUUAUCACUGGCAGCAAUUCGUGAGCAAACAGCCCCGGCGUGGGCUGGCAUUCUUGGCUUCCCUCACAAUGCCACGUUUCGAGGCACGUGCCAGCCUGGAGGCAGGUUGCCCAUGAGCUGCCCCACGCGUCCGGCUCCCUCCUGAGGAGUUGCUUCUCCAGCCCCAGGCAGGGCCCUUGGAGAGCACCUGCCAGCCCUUCCGCGGGGCCGGAGGCGGCCUGUGUGCUGCUGCCCACUGCCUGUGCCGCCUGGUGCCGCCGCUUUCAGGAGAGGGCACACUCGGGAGGAAGGGUCCUUCAGCUGCACCCCAUCCCUCCUUAACUGCUGGUCCCGGAGCCCUUCCCCGCAGGUGCACAGGCCACAUCGCCAUCGCCUUCUCCAGCAUUUCAGGCUCUUGCUUUUUCAACGGGAACAAGCAGGUGUUUCUUUUCCUUCUGGUUUCCUGUGUGCACCUUCCAUGGUUCUAAAGAGGAAAGUGGGGCAUCGAGGGGUCACGGAUGGGGAAGGAGGGAAGAGGACAUCUGUGUCCUUCCCCAAAGGAAUGUGGGUCCUCAGAAGUGGGACGAAGGCCACAUGGCCGUGGCGGUGCUUGCCUGGUAGCUCCUCAAGGAGGACCCGGGCGGGGGAUAUGCUGUUGUCUCCAGAGCCGAGCUGCUCCCCUGGGCUGCGCUCCAUCACCCAGCAAGUGAAAGAACGACACCUGGGUCUCACCCCCAGCGAUUCUGACUCCAUCCAUCUGUGCAUCAGGAUUUAAGCCAAUAAUGGUCGAGCUGCAGGGGCUUCUCUACUCCCUUCACCAGCCUCCCCUAACACCAGCGUCGACAGCCACGGCACAUUGAUCACAGGACGUUUAUUUUGUAUAAAUUUAGGCAUGACACUAUCAACUGAACUGGAUUCUACCAGUUUUUCCAAGACUUGUCUUUUUUCUGUUGCAGGGUCCAAUCCAGGGCGUAAGUUGUAUUUAGAGCUGUUACUAUUUUUUCCUUUUUUAUUUUGAAAUAGUUAGAUUCAUGGAAACUUGGAAAGUGAGAACAAAGAGUUCCUGUGUGUUCUUCCUCCACUGGUUGCAGCUUUCUUAAUUAAAAUACAGCAGCAAAGCCAGGAGUCUGACCCGGGCGGCGUGGCUCCUAGUUGUGUGCUGCUGACCACGUACAUGGGUUAGAACAGCCACAGACCAGAUCCCGAGCUCCGUCACCACGGGGUCCCCUGUGGGCGACCCCUCUGUGGCCACACUCUGCCCCUCAGCCACCACCCCUAAGCCCCAGCAACCGUUAAUCUGUUCUCCAUUUCUAUGAUUCUGUCAUUUCUAGAAUGUUAUUUACGUAAAUGGAACUAUAUAAGUUAUGAAACUCUAACUGGGGUUGGCUUUUUUGCUCAGCCUAAAGCUCUGGAGGUCCUCUAUGUUGUUGCACGUACCAAAAGUUGGAGCCUUCUCAUUGCUGAGGAGUGUUCCAUGCGAUGGAAUUCCACGGUUUGACCAUUUACCCGCUGAUGGACAUCCGGUGGUUCUGGUUUGGGCUAUUAUGAAUAAAGCUGCUAUGAAAGUUCA